AUGAUCCCCAUUCCCGAUCCAGUCAUUCAUUACCUCUACGGUCUCCCUCAUCCAACAUCGAACAAACGCAAGGAGCCUAUGCAAGUUCUGGCUGUGGGUAUCUCCCGGUCUGGAACAGACUCACUACGCAACGCACUACACAUACUCGGAUUCGAGCAUACCCACCAUGGCUUUGACACCAUUCUUCCCCCAUCAUCUCUAGAGGGUAUUUAUCGCCUUCUGCAGAAGAAGUACAACACAGAACCAAUUGCUGGUCAAAGUAGCAAACUGACCGCCGAGGACUUCGACACAAUUUUGAGUGAUUGCGUCGGUGUCAGCGAUCUUAUGGCGGCAGAAUUCGCGCUCGAACUUAUUGCGGCGUAUCCGAACGCAAAGGUCAUUCUUAACACUCGACGAGACCUUGAAAGCUGGUACUCCAGCAUGCAGCAAACUAUGGGUUAUUUCGAUAAAAACCCAAUUGACUGGGACUGGUUCAAGAGUUGGUUUAGCGCCGACCUGUUUUGGAUUCGACAAACGAUGUGUCGCACAAUGAUGCCACGUUUCUUUCGUGGUAGUUUCCAUUCCAAUGGCAAAUGGGUCUACGAACAACACAUUGCUCUAGUGAAAGGACUAGGCUUAUCUAAAGAUAGGUUACUUGAGUGGUCCGUGGAGGAUGGUUGGGAGCCACUCUGCGAAUUCCUCGGCAAGAAUAUACCUCAGCAAGAAUUCCCUGAUGGCAAUCCACCAAAAGCUUGGGCAGAACGAAUCUCCAAUACCAUGAAAACCCAUCACGAACGGGCUAUCAGGAACAUGCUUGUCUUCGGGGCCUGUCUUAUUGGGACCUUGGUAGCGAGUGUCGGUGCUUAUCUUCGGUACCUAUCUCCACCCGAGCAAUGA